AUGAUACAUACAGGUGAAAAACCUCACAAAUGUUAUGUGUGUAGGAAGGCAUUCACUCGUUCAAGGGACUUGCAGACUCACACGAGGACACAUAGAGGUGAAAAACCAUAUACAUGUGAUGUGUGUGGGAAGGCAUUCAUUCGUUCAAGUGACUUACAGAGUCACAGGAGGAUAUUACAUUCAGAGGAUAAACCUUAUAAAUGUAAUAUGUGUGGAAAGGCAUUCACUCGUUCAGGUAACUUACAGAAUCACAUGAAGGUCCAUACAGGAGAAAAACCUUAUACAUGUGAUGUGUGUGGGAAGGCUUUCAAACAAUCAGGUGAAUUACAGAAACACAUGAGGAUACAUACAGUUGAUAAGCCUUAUAAAUGUGAUGUUUGCCAGAAGGCAUUUAACCAUUCAAGUAAUUUAUUGAAUCACAUGAGGAAACAUACAGGUGAAAAACCUUACAAAUGUGAUGUGUGUGAGAAGACAUUCACUCAGUCAAACAUCUUACAAGUCACAAGAGGACACAUACUGGUGAAAAACCUUAUACACAUGAUGUGUGUGGAAAGGCAUUUUACCGUUCAAGUUCCAAACUUAGACACAUGA